AUGAAGCUGCGAUCGGCUGCACUUGUGGCAGCCCUGGCGCUGUGCCUGGCGCUGUGCGCCGCCCCCGCCGCUGGCAAGGAGGAGACGGAGCAGGAGAAGCUGGGCACGGUGAUUGGCAUCGACCUGGGCACCACCUACUCCUGCGUGGGCGUGUACAAGAACGGCAAGGUUGAGAUCAUCGCCAACGACCAGGGCAACCGCAUCACCCCCUCCUACGUCGCCUUCACCGACACCGAGCGCCUCAUCGGCGACGCCGCCAAGAACCAGGCCACGGUGAACCCCAAGCGCACCGUGUACGACGUCAAGCGCCUCAUCGGCCGCAAGUUCUCCGACGCCGAGGUCCAGCGGGACGCCAAGCUGGUGUCGUACAACAUCGUGGACAAGCAGAGCAAGCCGUACAUCCAGGUGGAGGUGGCCGGCGAGAGCAAGUCCUUUUCCCCAGAGGAGAUCUCAGCCAUGAUCCUCACCAAGAUGAAGGAUACAGCUGAGGCCUUCCUGGGCAAGACCGUGAAGCACGCUGUGGUCACCGUCCCAGCAUACUUCAACGACGCGCAGCGCCAGGCCACCAAGGACGCGGGCGUGAUUGCGGGGCUCAACGUGGUGCGCAUCAUCAACGAGCCCACCGCCGCAGCCAUUGCCUACGGCCUGGACAAGAAGGGCAAGGAGCAGAACAUCCUGGUGUUCGACCUGGGCGGCGGCACCUUCGACGUCUCCAUCCUCACCAUCGACUCUGGCGUGUUCGAGGUCAUCUCCACCUCCGGCGACACCCACCUGGGCGGCGAGGACUUUGACCAGCGCGUCAUGGAGUACUUCAUCAAGCUGGUGAAGCGCAAGUUCAAGAAGGACGUGUCCACGGACGCGCGCGCGCUGCAGAAGCUGCGCCGCGAGGCGGAGCGCGCCAAGCGUGCCCUCUCCUCCCAGCACCAGGUGC